AUGAAUUUACUCUGCGAUUGCUGCUCAAGACCGCAUAAAACACCGAGAAAUGAAGAAUUUUCGAUAAACUCUUUACCUGUCAAUUACAGAGGUUGGCUGAAUUCAAAAUAUGAGUCCCCUCAGGUUGAAAAAAUGAAGCAAUCAAUAAUGAGGAAUCGUGACAGUAAUAGGAGUUUAAAUUUACCCAAAAUUCAUGGAUUUGGGCUUGAUGAGUUCGAGUCUGUCGAUGUUUAA